AACCCGGAAGUGCAGGGGAGCAGAAAAGGACUGGGACGAGAGUGGCAAAGGGGGAAGCAAGGAGGAGGAGAGGCGAGCCACGGGCAGAGGAGCCCCGAGAGGAGCGGCCCCGGACGGGAAGGCGGAGAGCGGAGCAACCCGGACACGGCACCAUGGAUGCCGACAAAAUUGUAGAAUGGCUGGUGGAUAGCCAGCGCCAGCUCCAGAGACAACAAACGGAGGCGUUGCGACAACUAACCUCCGAGUUUAGAGAGCAGCAGAAGCAGCUGGUGAGGGAGCUGAAGGAUGGGACAGGGCUGAUCGGACCCACCAAUGAAGAAGAGGAGGAGGCGGCGGGCCCAGCGCGACUCCCCAUCAGGCUCACCAAACUGGGGGCCGAGGACGACGCCGAGGCAUUCUUGGUAACUUUCGAACGUGUGGCCACGGCAGCCCGUUGGCCCCAAGAGCACUGGGCUACUAUACUCGCCCCUUACCUGUCCGGUCCGGCCCAACUCGCCUACCGGAGUUUGUCCGACCGGGACUCGCUGUGCUACUACAAGGUCAAGGAGGCGAUUCUCGACCAACUUGGUAUUUCGCCCGAGACGUAUAGGCAGAGGUUCCGGGCGGCCAGAUAUGCAACAGGGGAGCGGCCACGGGCAGUGGCGCAGCGGAUCCGGGAAGCCGGGUUUCGGUGGCUGGAACCGUCCACCAAGACCGCAACUCAGGUGGCCGACCUGGUCGUACUCGAGCAGUACCUACAAGUGCUCCCCGCGGAGGGCCAACAAUGGGUACGGCGACACCUGCCCGGGACCCUAGAGGAAGCGGUCACGCUCAUGGAGCACUUCCUGGCAGCCGAGACGCCGGAAGGACCUGGCAAGGUAGGCACAACGACCAACCCGGUGGGUCGGGGAGGCCCUAGCCCCAAAGGGAAGGAAGGGCGGGACAACACGGGGUCUAGGGCUGGAAGCCCCCCAGUCCGAGGACCGGAGCGGCGAUUGGCCCCGGUAUGGCGUGGUACCGAGGACCACGGAAAAGGGGAACCCCGGGCCGAAGUCGGAAAGAGGGCAGAGGACACACAGAAGAUCCAACCAAAACCGACGUGCUACCAGUGCGGCCAGGAAGGCCACAUCCGCCGGGACUGCCCCAUGAUGGACUGCACCUACGGCCAACCUAGACCCCGGAAGGGCCCGCGGCAGGAGGUAAGCCGGGCCCGCAUGAUAAGGCGGAUACGCUUGAACGGGGAGGUAGUAGAGGCCGUUCUAGACUCAGGGUGUGGACAAACGCUAGUGCGGAGAGACGCGUUAGGAAGAUCAGGGCACACGGGGGCGCAAGUUUGGAUCAAGUGCGUACACGGGGACACCCGGCCGUACCCGACGGCCCAGGUGAGGCUACACGACAGGAGCCAGGGCGGGGAGUUACGAGUAGCAGUGACUCACCGACUACCCUACCCCGUGUUACUAGGCCGGGAUUGGCCCGGGUUGCGGCGGCUGCUAGGCGAACGGGGCCCUACCGGCGUAAGGGACACGCGGGAGGCGUGGGCUACCCAGGAGGAGGAGGAGACGAUGCCCCCACAAGGGCUAGAUGGGGAAGAGGCGCGGAUGACCCUAGAGGUCGAUACCGGCGACUUCUUAGCCUUGCAGCGGGAGGACCCGUCAUUACAGCACGCCUGGGAAAACGCGUUAGAGCCCCGGGUGGAGGACGAGGGGACCCAACAGCAAAGCGAACAGGGACCCCACUUCGAGAUCCAAGGGGACCGGCUGUACCGGGUCCCGGGGACGGCAGGCGGGGAGACCCAGCUACUCGUCCCAAAAGCAUACCGGUGGACCUUCAAGAAAAUAAAAUUACCACUGAUUAAGUUUGCAGAUGACAAAAAAGAAUUUGGAGCAAUGUUAGAUAAGUAG